GGCAACAUCUGUUUAUUGAUUAACCAAAGAGCAGUGGGAAGAGGCUGUAGCCAGAGAACCAUACCAAACUGCCAAACAAAACAAAGAUAACAUUUCACCAGGUGCAGCUACUUCUGCUACUUUCAUCAUUAUGUAUCGUGCCUUCCUCCUGCUCUUGUUAGAGCUUUCCCUGUCUUCCUGUGAUGUGACUGUUCCACGCAACUCCAACAUUUCCCUUCAUUGUCUCACUGACAAUGACUCUUCACUAGUUGAUGUUAAAUUUACCUGGAGCUAUAACUCCACCCCAAUCCUGUCACAGGACAACAUUGGCAGGGAGGGAAAGAUCUUGCACCUUACAAACAUAAAGCUCAGUGAUGAAGGAGAGUACAAGUGUGUGCUGGAAGGAUGGAAAGGAGAAAAUUAUGUAAGGCUGAGAAGAACAUUCAAGAUGCGCGUGGAAGUGCCCCCACCUUUGCAGAAGUUGCAGAUCAUCAAAUCAACAGUUGGGGAUAAUGUGAGGCUUCCAUGCCAGGCUCAAAAAUCUUCCUCUUCUGAAACAAAUGAAACGGCCCCUGCUGUCUGGAAACGGGACAUUAAAGGCGAAACUGUGCUGCUUAAUCCUAAGAAAGGCAUAAACCAAGAAGAGGAUAACAUGACAGUUCAUAGGGUUUUCUGGGAUGACAAUCCCAACGAACAGGACUGGACGAUUAAAAUUAGUCAGGUCACAAAGGAAGAUGCCGGGACAUACCUCUGUGUCAUAAACACAUCCGAGACGCUGUUGGUGGACCUGGAGGUGGAAGCCCAUCCUCUGCCCCGCUGCCAUAACUACACCUCCCCCUGGGAGACUUGUGAGGAUCCAGACAACAGAUCAUGGAAGUCAACUCUGAAGGAAUCACUCACAGAAUUCUCCACUACAUUGUACUUCCAUCUUAAAGGUUCAAAGCCCUCGACGAACUUGAUCUUCUCCCCGAUCAGCAUUGCUGCAGCUCUCUCUUACUUGCUAUUGGGUGCUCGUGGUGAGACCAGAAAACAGCUGCAAGAUGCUCUCAGGCUUCCCUAUGAUUUCUCCUGCGUGCAUUCUGAAAUGAAGAAGCUGAAACAAGCAUCAAAACACACACUGGGGAUGGCCUCGACCAUCUUUUAUUCUCCAGAGCACAGGUUAGCAGAGUCUUUCAUCAGCCAAUCAUCAGAGUUCUAUGAUGCAAAGCCACAGAAGCUGACCAAUGACAGUGAUCAUAAUGUGAACCUCAUCAACAAAUGGGUGGCAGAAAAGACAAAUAAUAAAAUCACUGAGUUAGUUGAUGAAGUUGAUCCCUUUACCUUGUUUGUUCUUUUAAAUGCUGUCUACUUUAAUGGUAAAUGGAAAAUGGUUUUUGAAUCCAUGAAUAAAAAGGAAGAGUUCACUAUGUUUUCAGGUGAGGUUGUAAAUGUGGAAACGCUCUACAGCUCCAAGUACAAGCUUGUAAUGAGCUAUAACAAAAAUUUAAAAGCAGAGGUUGGAAAGUUCCCUCUCACAGACAAAAGUAGUCUGUUCAUUUUGAUCCCAAGCACAGUGUCAGAAAAAUCAUUCUUAUUGAUGGAGAAAAAUAUGAAUGCCACAAAUAUUGCAGAAAUGGUUUCUGAGAUGAGCAAAGUCACAGCCCAAACUGCUGAGGUUAUGCUGCCUAAAAUAAAACUGGCAAUGACCACACCUCUGGAGAAGUUACUGAAAAAACUUGGUUUGUCAGAUCUCUUUAACAGUCCUAACUUGUGUGGUAUGUUUCCGGAGGAAUCUGAUUGGUUCAUCUCAGAUGCUCGCCAUCGUGCCUUUCUAUCGCUAACGGAGAAGGGAGUUGAAGCUGCCGCGGCCACUAGCAUUUCUCUCUCUCGCUCCUUCCCAUCGUUCACAGCUAUGCAGCCCUUCGUUCUGAUAGUCUGGAGUGAUGAGAUUGGGGCUCCGCUUUUCAUUGGAAGGAUCGUUAAUCCAUUAUAAGAGAGUGAUGGAGAAACAAAUACAUCACAUUAUCGAUCAAAUCAACAAAAAUAUGGAUCCAAUCAAACAUUCUAUUGUACAUUCAAUCAUUAAUCACAAGCAAACCCAAUGAAUGCAUUUAU